CGGUUAAAAUUCUCCAGAACCUCUCCGAUUCCCCGACGUGGCCUCACGGUCCCGUCCCGUAACCCAUCACGGAACGAUAUACAAGAUAAAAGAAAAAAAGUGAUAUUUAAAAUUAAAUAAAUAAAAAAAAACAAAUAGAGCCGCUACCGGAAAAUCAAAAACCUGAAAAACGCUUCCGUCGUGUGCAGAGCAGAGAGAGAUUCUGCGGCUGCGAUACAGAGACAAUAAAGCAGGAGGGAGGAGGAUCAGAAUCAGGAGUGAAGAUGCAUUUUAUAAAUGCUGUGAUGUUGACUCGAAUGCUGACUCGGAAUUCGGGGCUGGAAUCGGAUGCCGGUGAAAUUCCGUUUGGAUCGUUGUUGUGGUUCACCUACGCCGGGAUCUCCUGCGUUUUUGUCCUCUUCGCCGGAAUAAUGUCCGGUUUGACCCUUGGUCUCAUGUCUCUCGGUCUUGUCGACCUUGAAAUUCUUCAACGGAGCGGCACCCCUGAGGAGAAGAAACAAGCAGCGGCUAUACUCCCAGUGGUCCAAAAGCAGCACCAGCUCCUUGUUACGUUGCUCUUAUGCAAUGCCGUUGCCAUGGAGGCACUUCCAAUAUACUUGGACAAACUUUUUAAUCAGUAUGUUGCUAUAAUUCUCUCUGUGACAUUUGUAUUGGCAUUUGGUGAGGUUAUACCGCAAGCAAUUUGCACCCGGUAUGGACUGGCUGUCGGUGCCAAUUUUGUGUGUCUAGUACGAAUUUUAAUGGUUAUUUGCUAUCCAAUUGCUUAUCCCAUCGGGAAGAUUCUUGACUGUUUGCUGGGACAUAAUGAGGCAUUGUUUAGGCGUGCUCAGUUAAAAGCUCUUGUCUCCAUCCACAGUCUGGAGGCUGGAAAGGGUGGCGAACUCACCCAUGAUGAAACAACAAUAAUUAGUGGAGCUCUAGAUUUAACUGAAAAGACAGCUGAGGAGGCUAUGACACCUAUUGAAUCAACUUUUUCCUUGGAUGUAAAUUCAAAAUUGGACUGGGAAGCAAUGGGAAAAGUUCUUGCUCGUGGUCAUAGUCGAGUUCCUGUCUAUUCUGGGAAUCCAAAGAAUAUUAUAGGGCUUCUACUGGUGAAAAGUCUUUUAACUGUACGACCUGAAACAGAGACCCCAGUCAGUGCCGUUUCCAUUCGAAGAAUUCCUAGGGUUCCUUCAGACAUGCCUCUUUAUGACAUAUUGAAUGAAUUUCAGAAAGGUAGUAGUCACAUGGCUGCCGUGGUGAAAGUAAAAGGGAAAAACAAGACUCUUCUGCCUACAUUAGAUGGAGAAGAAUUCGAGGAAAACAAAGUCUCAGGCACGGAAUCCCAACUGACAACUCCUUUACUACAUAAGCAUGACGAGAAUUCAGAUAAUGUAGUCGUUGAUAUCGAUAGGACGUCCAAGAAUUCUGGUAUAAGCAGGCAAUCUUCUUACCGACGCAAUGAUGCUUCUUCGAUAAACGGGUUGAACCAUUCUUCAGAGGACAUAGAAGAUGGUGAAGUUAUUGGUAUCAUCACCCUUGAAGAUGUAUUUGAAGAACUUUUGCAGGAGGAGAUUGUUGAUGAAACAGAUGAAUACGUUGAUGUGCACAAAAGAAUUCGUGUUGCUGCAGCUGCGGCUGCUUCCUCUAUGGCAAGAGCUCCAUCAAUUAGGAGAUUAACUGCGCAGAAGGGCCAGGGAGGUCAAACUAAACAGGCCCCAACGCCAAAGAAAUCUGCUGAAGAUUAAUCAAAUUCCAUCAAAACUUUUAGGAGCCUCUUCUCUUAUAACAGCCAUGAAAGAAUUGAACAGUCAAAAGUUGAGAUCCCAAGCUUCAUCUGCCACGCCAUAAUAGUUCCUUCCAUGGCAAAAAAAGCUCAGGUGAACAACUUAAAACUUGAAGCCCUUCCCUGUACCUAAAAUUUGAAAUUCUUAGACCAUUUAUUGAAACUGUCAUAGUAUUUCCAAGUUGGGAUCUCCAAAUUUUGCCCCCUCCCACUAUUGCCCUUAUUUUAAACAUUUCCUCGAAA